CGGCUGAGUAUAGCAGAGUAAAGCGAACCGGCAGGAAGAACACGCAUUUCAGAUCGCUCCCUCAUUCUAGACAGCUUUAAAAAAAAAAAUUUAAAAAAAUCUCAGCAGGCAAGCACGCACAGACAGGAAAAACAACUGGGAGCAGAUUCAGGGUACCGUUAGACAAUGAGGGGUGGGACAAUUUUAUAAACUGAAAACAAAAAAGAACAAAAUUCAGUUUCGUUUUUGAUUGCGAUCUGCGCUGACAGUAUAUGAAGCCCGUGCCAUCACGAAAGAGUUGAAAUACAGGCGGUGCGGAUCUGGUUCGGUUCUGACUGAGCCGUUUCCAGGAGCGCUGUACUGGGUUGAAGACACACACUCGGGAGUAAAGUUUUUUUUAGCAUUUUUUUUUUUUUUUUUAAGUUAUUGGAAUGUUUCCACAAUUUAUGGGGGAAAAAAAGGAAGCUGAGGAAACUUAAUAAAACACUUUUUUUGUCGUGAUUUCAGUCUAAUUUUGCUUGCUGACAUAUUUCGUAUAUAGUUCUUUAUUUACUGCGUAUUAAAAACAACAACAACAAAACAGAGAUAUAAUGUAGUAGCCAACUAGUUUUGUUUGACCCGACUCAGAAAAGUUAACCGCUCGGCACUCACUCUGCCCAGUACGCUGAACAAUGUAUUGUUAUUAUGGCAAAAUAUUAAAACAGGCUAUUUUUUAAAACCGUGGACAGUUUUUUUUUUUUGCAUCUCUCAUGUAAGUGACGUCUCCUUGUGCUUUGAAUGAACGGGAAAGGAGCAUCAACACUGAGCUGUUUCGAUUGACAACGCCGCUCCCCUGAACUCAACAGAGAUGUCCAGUGGUUUAACCUGCACUGUGCUUCUUGCCACCCUGGUUCUUUCAUGUGUUCUAACAGAACACAUUCCAUGCGAAGAUUCAGUAAAUGUGUCCAGAUGCUUGGGGGACUUGUGCUUUACUGCUAGACUUGCAAACACAGUUGUGAAAGGCUGUCUGAAUAAUACUUGUCCAGAGGGCUUUACUUGCUGUGAGACAGAGAUGUGCAAUGCAAACACCAUCUUGCCAUCCCCUGCGAAGCCCACGUUCGGUGAUUAUGAGGAAAAUGAAAAUGAACCCAACCUGGGUCAAUGGGAGUGUGUGUGCGAGAGGUCCGGGGAAUGUAAAGACGGUAGAUGUCGGGGUCGCAGGUGCUUCGUGAUUGUGCCUGCCAAGGGGCACACUACGAAAGGCUGCUACACCACACACAUCAUGGAACGCUGUCGCCAGCCGCCCCCGGGAGAGAAGUGCUGUGAAGGAACCCUCUGUAACGCCAACCUGACUGUGCCCCUGCCCACCACCCCACCACCAGAGGGCAGUGUGGAGCAGCUGGUUCUGUUCACUGUGAUCCCAGUGCUGGUUCUCAUUGUACUGGUGCCACUGGUUAUACUGGUCUUCUGGUGGAUGAACUCCCAACGCCGCCAACGGGUGAUCGCCAAAGAGGAAGAGUUUGGAAACGUCAACGUGCUUCGGACUCCCAGCCUGGGAGAGAGCACUUGUGGGGAUAUAUUUGAUGAGUUCUGCACCUCUGGGAGUGGAUCUGGACUCCCAUACCUAGUCCAGAGGACAGUGGCCAGACAGAUUUCUCUCAUGGAGUGUGUGGGUAAGGGGCGGUAUGGUGAGGUGUGGAGGGGGGUGUGGAUGGGGGAGAAUGUGGCUGUGAAGAUCUUCUCCUCGAGAGACGAGCAGUCCUGGUUCAGAGAGACUGAGAUCUACAACACAGUUCAGCUGAGACACGACAACAUCCUGGGCUUCAUCGCUUCGGACAUGACCUCCAAGAACUCCAGUACGCAGCUGUGGCUCAUCACCCAUUUCCACGAGCACGGCUCACUGUACGACUACCUGCAGCUCACCACCCUGGACCCCCAGGGCUGCCUGCGCUUCUGCCUGUCCAUCGCCUGCGGCCUGGUCCACCUGCACACUGAGAUAUUCAGCACCCAGGGCAAGGCAGCCAUCGCCCACCGCGACCUGAAGAGCAGGAACAUCCUGGUGAAGAGGAACCGGCAGUGCUGCCUCGCAGACCUGGGCCUGGCUGUGAUGCAUUGCCAGACCAGUGACAGCCUGGACAUUGGGAACAAUCUCCGCGUGGGCACCAAGAGGUACAUGGCCCCAGAAGUGCUGGAGGAGAGCAUCCGCACGGACUGCUUUGAGUCCUACAAGCAGACGGACGUGUGGGCCCUGGGGCUGGUGCUGUGGGAGAUCACCCGCAGAACUGUCAUCAACGGGAUCGUUGAGGAGUACCGCCCCCCGUUUUUCGACGUGGUCCCGACAGACCCCAGCUUCGAGGACAUGAAGAAAGUGGUGUGCACCGACCAACAGAGACCCAACAUCCCCAAUAGAUACUACUCCGACCCGACGUUGUCCAUGAUUGCCAAGGUCAUGAAGGAGUGCUGGUAUGCCAGCCCUUCAGCCAGACUGACCUCCCUGCGGAUCAAAAAGACCCUGUCCAAGCUGGACAACCCUGUGGACAAGCUGAAACAAGACUACUAAACUAGACAACCCGUCUCUCAUACAUAUUAUAUAUCAAAAUAUAUACUGUGUAUUUAUAUGUGUAUAUAAUAGUAUACUUAUAAUAGUAAUAUUUUACGUAUUUAAAAUCUCAGUGGAUGGGAAGAGACUUUGUUUUCGUACACUUCUGAAGCCCAACACACAACAAGAGCUAAAGGGAAGACCUCCUUCUGCCCCUAUCCCCUGUCCCCUAUCCCCUAUCCUCCACCCCCUUUCUCCCACAGCUCUGAGUCCACACAGUCUAAUCAACAGAACUGAAUCCUUCAACACAGGACAAGAGGUAGCAUCAGGAGUUAUGUAGCUUUGACCAUCAGCUGUGAUGGUGCUUCCACCUGGUGGUCAUUUAGAGUAUAACAGCCAACUAAGCCUUCAGUCAAUGCAUUUCAGCUACAGUGGCCUUAAUAGGACCGGUUCGGAAAAGCAAAAUAAUUAUCAUUCAAGAUAGGAUACAGGAAUGAAGCAGACAAUCUGCUAGCUCACCAGAUGGAUAUCAAGCAGAUAUUAAUGGCAAGUCUUUCAGAAGUGGCUGUCUGGUAUUUACACUCCUCUGUGUCUGGAAUUGGGAAUUGAAUAUUCAGACCUACAGCAGUUGCUUCUGUAUCAGAGCACCCCAUUGCUUCUGUAUUAGAACACCCCAUUGCUUCUGUAUUAGAGCACCCCAUUGC